CUCAAAAUGGAAAAGCACCCAUGCAGGGAGAAAAUUGACUCGAGCGGGGAUCGAAAUGCCGCCGACGAGCCCGAGGACGGCAGCGGCUCGGAAAGCGACGGCGAAGAGCGGCGGCGGAAUGUCGACCGUAAGAAGUGGGAGCCCCUGGUGGUGACCAAGCCCCAUCGCCAACUGUGUCGUUCUCCGUGCCUGGAUCAGCCCAGUUUUUCUCAGAGUAGCACGGUGCGCGAUUCCCGCGACGAUGACGCCGGUCCCGGGUCGGCCCUCAAAGCGGCCGGCGAGAGGGAGUACCAGACAAAAAUGGACUUUGCCUUGAAGCUAGGCUACUCGGGAGAGCAGGUGGAGAUGGUGCUCAACAAACUGGGGGCCGCCGCGCUCAUUAAUGACAUUCUCGCCGAGCUGGUAAGGCUGGGAAGCAAAGUGGAGCCUGAAAGUCAACCUUCCGGCGCAGCCGCCACGCUGCUGUCGCUCACCCCCUGUGUUAAAGAGACCGCGAGUCCCGAGGUGUCUGUGGAAGAGGAAUUAGCCGACCCUUUUGAUAACCUCAGGCCUGUUGUCAUUGAUGGAUCGAAUGUGGCAAUGAGCCAUGGAAACAAAGAGGUUUUCUCCUGCCGUGGUAUUCAACUCGCUGUAGAAUGGUUCCUGGAAAAGGGGCACAAAGACAUCACUGUCUUUGUCCCAGCAUGGAGAAAAGAGCAGUCGAGGCCUGAUGCGCUCAUUACAGAUCAAGAAAUAUUACGCAAGUUAGAAAAAGAGAAGAUCCUGGUUUUCACCCCGUCUCGGAGGGUCCAAGGCAGAAGGGUGGUGUGCUACGACGAUCGCUUCAUAGUGAAGCUGGCUUAUGAUUCUGAUGGAAUUAUUGUGUCAAACGACAACUACAGAGACUUGCAAAAUGAAAAACCAGAGUGGAAGAAGUUCAUCGAGGAACGUCUCCUAAUGUAUUCAUUCGUCAAUGACAAAUUUAUGCCACCCGAUGACCCGCUGGGAAGACACGGUCCGAGCUUGGAAAAUUUUCUUCGUAGGCGUCCCGUUGUCCCGGAGCAUAAAAAACAACCUUGCCCCUACGGCAAAAAAUGCACGUACGGACACAAGUGCAAAUACUAUCAUCCGGAGCGAGUUAACCAGCCGCUGCGCUCGGUAGCCGACGAACUGCGGGCCUUCGCCAAACUGUCCGCGGUGAAGACCAUGAGCGAGGGGGCCUUGGCCAAAUGCGGCGCCGGUCCGGCGGCGGCCAACAGGGACGGCAACUCCGAGGCCAAGCGCGUGGCGCCUAAACGACAGUCGGACCCGAGCAUUCGCUCGGUGGCCUGCGAGUCUCCGGAUAGCCUGUCGGCGGUGAGGAAGUCUGAGACAAAUUCAGUGCCUUCCCUUGUGACCGCUCUCAGCGUGCCCACCAUGCAGCCCGCCAAGAGCCACGCGGCCGGGGCCUUGAACACGCGAUCGGCCAGUAGCCCCGUGCCGGGUUCUUUGCAGUUCUCCCACAGUUCGCUGGAGCACAUGUCCAGCGUGCAGUACCCUCCCAUUUUGGUCACCAACAGUCACGGUGCUUCGGUCACGUAUGGCGAGCCGUACCCCAAGUACGACUCGGUCAGCGACCACGGCUAUUAUUCGCUGCACAGCGACUUUUCCAACAUGAGCAUGAGCAGUAUGCACAACGUGGACAGUUUCUGUAGCGUGGAGCACGAGCACGUGGUGUGCCAGAGAAGUCGCAGCCACUGCCCGGAAUCUUGCCUCAGCCACUCCAACAGCGACUCUUUCUCCUCCUACGGCGACGUGUACCCGAGCUCUCUGGAAGGCAGCCUGGAGGAAGGCGUGAAGUGCCAGCAGCAGCAGCAGCAGCAGCAGCAGCAGCAGUCGCCCGGCGCGGGGAGAAUGCAAGCUUUCUCCCACGGCUUUCGACACGAAGCGCUCGGCAGGGUGCAGAGUUACGGGGCGGAGGAGAGCAAGCAGGGUCCGCGGAAGCAGCAGACCGCCCCUCACCUGGCCCCGCGCAUCCAGCACGUGCCGGUGGGGGCCAGGUCCAGCUGCCCGGGGGACUACCCGGCCGUCCCCAACGUCCUACCGCCGCAGCCGGCGCGCUCGCUGGGCAUGACCCGCAUGGACAGCAUCUCCGACUCCCGGCUGUACGACAGCAACCCGAUGAGACAGAGGCGACCGCCGCUGUGCCGCGAACAGCACGCCAGCUGGGACCCUCUGCCCUGCGGGAACGAGUCCUACGGUUACCACUCGUACCCGCUGAGCAACAGCCUGAUGCCGUGCUGCGAGCGGGUCAUGGUCCGCAGCAUGCCGGACAAAAUGGAGCAGAUUUGGAGCUCGCCGUGGGAGACCUCGGCGGCGGCGGCGGCGGCCGAACACCAAGAACGGUACGUCAUCCCAGACCACCAAUAUCAAACGUAUCGGAACCUUUGCAACAUUUUUCCGGCCUACGUGGUCCAUUCGGUGAUGGAGAAGAACCCUCAUUUGACAGACCCCCAACAACUGGCAGCUGUCAUUGUUACAAAUUUAAGGUCUUGUCACUGA